AACUGAGGGCUCGGCGUUUCCGGACGCGCCGCGUGGAGCUCGUCGUCUUGGGGACUUGCAGCAUGGCGGUCUUUGCGGGCCCCGCCAAGACUCUCCUGUCCCUGAACCCGCAGGAGGACGCCAAGUUUCAGAAGGAGGUGGCGCAGGUUCGCCGGCGCGCUACCCAGCGACAGGAGAAAAAAAAACUCACUCCUGGAGUAAUCUAUGUGGGCCACCUACCUCCAGCGCUUUACGAAACCCAGAUCCGAGCAUAUUUCUCACAGUUUGGCACUGUUACAAGACUUAGACUGUCCAGAAGUAAAAGGACUGGAAACAGCAAAGGCUAUGCCUUCCUGGAGUUUGAGUCUGAAGAGGUUGCCAAAAUAGUUGCUGAAACAAUGAACAACUACCUUUUUGGUGAAAGACUCUUGAAGUGUCAUAUUAUACCGCCUGAAAAAGUACAUGCAGAACUUUUUAGAGAGUGGCAUGCUCCAUUUAAAAAUCCGUCAUAUCCAGCAGUGAAACGAUAUAAUCAGAAUCGGACACUUCUUCAAAAGCUACGGAUGGAGGAGCGAUUUAAAAAGAAAGAAAAAUUACUCAGGAAGAGAUUAGCUAAAAAAGGAAUUGAUUAUAAUUUUCCUUCAUUGGUAAGUAUUCCUUCAUACUGCCAGUUUAUAACUUUAUGUUUCCUUAAGAUUUUACAUAAAAAAGAAAAAAAUGCUCCAAACAGUGAUCUUCGGAAAUCUGCAAAGAGACAGAAGAAAAAAGAGGUUGUGAUUACUCCUAACACUCCUGAGAAGACAGUGGAUAGCCAGGGCCCCACUCCAGUUUGUACACCAACAUUUUUGGAGAAACGAAAAUCUGAAGUGGCUGCAAUGAAGGAUAAUGAUAAAGAUGAUGAAAUAGUUUUCAAACAGCCCAUAUCUGGUGUAAAAGAAGAAACACAAGAGACUAAAACACCUGCACGUUCAAGGAGAAAAAGACGAAGAAAAAGCAAUCAGUGAUUCUGAAUGUAUUGUGUACA